CCUCCUCAAUGCCCGGCCGGGCGUUGUUCCUCCUCCAUCCCACGCCGCCCCUCGUCUCGCUUUUCCCUUUUCCCCAAUCUCUUCAUCUUAUUCUUCUUCUUCCUUCUUCCCUUCUCUCCUCUUCCCUCCUCGUGUUCCUUUCCCCUCUUCCAUCUCGUGUUGAUCUUACCUAUUUGAUUGUUGGUACGAUCAUCUUCAAAAAAAUAAAAUCCUACUUCACAUAGACAGAGUUUAAUAUAAUACCGCAAUCAUGGGCUACAGCGACGUUGAUCAAUUGGCUAUCAACACCAUCCGUCUGUUGGCGGUUGAUGCCACCUUCAAGGCCAACUCCGGUCACCCCGGUGCCCCCAUGGGCAUGGCCCCCGUGUCUCACGUUCUCUUCAACAAGUUCAUGACCUUCAACCCCCAGAACCCCGACUUCCCCAACCGUGAUCGCUUUGUUCUCUCCAACGGCCACGGCUGCAUGCUCCAAUAUGCUCUCCUUCACUUGUUCGGCUACAAGGUCUCUAUGGAUGACCUGAAGAACUUCAGACAAAUCGACAGCAUCACCCCUGGUCACCCCGAGGCCCACGACACCCCCGGUGUCGAGGUUACCACUGGCCCUCUGGGUCAGGGUUUCGCCAACGCUGUUGGUUUGGCCAUUGCCCAGAAGCACUCCGCUGGUGUCUUCAACAAGCCCGGCUACGAGCUGUUCAACAACCACACCUUCUGCUUCUUCGGUGAUGGCUGCGCUAUGGAGGGUAUUGCCAGCGAGGCUGCCUCCAUGGCCGGUCACUUGAAGCUUGGCAACCUGAUUGCCAUCUACGAUGACAACCACAUCUCCAUCGAUGGUGACACCAAGUGCGCCUUCACUGAGGACGUUACCAAGCGUUUCGAGGCCUACGGAUGGCACACCGUCUGGGUCAAGGACGGUGACAACGACCUUGAUGCCAUUGAGGCUGCCAUCCGCGAAGCCAAGAGCGUCACCGACAAGCCCUCCGUCAUCCGUUUGACCACUACCAUUGGUUUCGGCUCCAAGCUCCAGGGUACCGGUGGUGUCCACGGCAACCCCUUGAAGGCUGACGACAUCGAGAGUGUCAAGCAGCGUUUCGGCUUCGACCCCAAGCAGAGCUUCGUCGUUCCUCAGGAAGUCUAUGACCUCUACCACAAGCACGCCGCUGAGGGCGCCGCCGCGGAGCAGGAGUGGAACAAGCUUUUCGAGAAGUAUGCUUCCGAGUACAAGUCCGAGCACGCUGAGCUCACCCGCCGUCUCUCCGGCAAGCUUGCCGAGGGCUGGGAGAAGAGCCUGCCCACCUACAAGCCCUCCGACCCUGCCGUGGCUACCCGUAAGCUUUCCGAGGCUGUCCUUGAGAAGAUCCACGACGUUGUCCCCGAGCUCCUGUCUGGCUCUGCCGACUUGACUGGCUCCAACAACACUCGCUGGAAGAACGCUGUCGACUUCCAGCCCCCUGAGUACAACAUCGGUGACUGGUCCGGUCGUUACCUCCGCUACGGUGUCCGUGAGCACGCCAUGGCUGCUGUCAUGAACGGUCUCGCUGCCUACGGCACUGUCAUCCCCGCCGGUGGUACCUUCCUCAACUUCGUCUCCUACGCCGCCGGUGCCGUCCGCCUCUCUGCCCUCUCUCGCGUUCGCGCCAUCCACGUCGCUACCCACGACUCCAUCGGUCUGGGUGAGGACGGCCCCACUCACCAGCCUAUCGAGACUCUUGCCCACUUCCGUGCUCUGCCCAACUGCAUGGUCUGGCGCCCGGCUGAUGGUAACGAGACCAGCGCUGCCUACUACUCUGCCCUGACCUCCAAGCACACCCCCAGCAUUCUGGCUCUCACCCGUCAGAACCUACCCCACCUCGAGAACUCCACCAUCGAGAACGCUCUCAAGGGUGCUUACGUUGCCGUUGACGCUCCCGACGCUGCCGUCACCCUUAUCUCCACUGGUUCCGAGGUCAGCAUCUGUAUCGAGGCUGCCACCUACCUCAAGGAGAAGCACGGCAUUGCUGCCCGUGUCGUCUCCGUUCCCUGCUUCGAGGUUUUCGACGCCCAGGACAAGUCCUACAGACUCCAGGUCCUUCCCGAUGGUAUCCCCAUCCUCUCCGUCGAGGCCCUCACCACCAUGGGUUGGGAGCGCUACUCUCACGAGCAGUUCGGUCUCAACCGCUUCGGUGCCUCUGGCCCUUACAAGGAGGUCUACGCCAAAUUCGAGUUCACUCCCGAGGGCAUCAGCAAGCGCGCCAUCGCCACCAUUGACUUCUACAAGGGCCACAAGGUGCGCUCGCCCAUCAACCGUGCUUUCCAGCAGAUUCUGUAGACGGCUUGUUUUAGCGACGUGAUGACUUGUUACCUAUAUUUUCAUGUUUAUGGUUCUCAUGGACGAUGUUGAUCCUAGGGCCUAGAUGGCCCCUCAGGAGAAGUCCUGUUUAACGAAUGUCGUUUUAAGAUAAAAUGCACGAUUUUCUGUUUUGGUUAC